AUGAUAACUCUAAUAGAUUUCUACCAUGUCAUGACAGCAAUGGUGCCACUCUAUGUUGCUAUGAUCUUAGCUUAUGGAUCAGUGAAAUGGUGGAAGAUAUUCUCACCUGAUCAAUGUUCAGGAAUCAACCGUUUUGUAGCACUUUUCGCUGUUCCACUUCUCUCCUUCCAUUUCAUAGCCUCAAACAAUCCUUACAAAAUGAACCUAAGAUUCUUAGCAGCAGACACACUUCAAAAAAUCAUGAUCCUCACCCUUCUCUUCAUUUGGAGCAAUUUCUCCAAAAGGGGUUCUCUAGAAUGGACCAUAACACUCUUCUCCCUCUCAACUCUCCCAAACACUUUGGUCAUGGGAAUCCCUUUACUCAAAGGAAUGUAUGGUGAAUUCUCAGGUAGUUUAAUGUUUCCAGACACUGCCGGUUCCAUUGUUUCAAUCCAUGUUGAUUCUGAUGUCAUGUCAUUAGACGGUAGAACACCAUUGGAAACCGAUGCUGAAAUCAAAGAAGAUGGUAAACUUCAUAUCACUGUUAGAAAAUCAAAUGCUUCAAGAUCAGAUAUCUACUCAAGAAGAUCACAAGGUCUUUCUUCCAACACUCCUAGGCCUAGUAACCUUACCAAUGCUGAGAUUUACUCCCUCCAAUCCUCACGAAACCCUACGCCUAGAGGCUCUAGUUUUAAUCAUACUGAUUUUUACUCUAUGAUGGGUGCUGGAAGAAACUCUAACUUUGGUCCUUCUGAUCUUAAUAACUACGCUUUAUCCGCUUCCAGAGGCGUUACUCCGAGGCCUUCUAACUACGAAGAAGAUGCUUCCAAUGCCAAGAAGUUGAAGCAUUAUCCUGCUCCUAAUCCGGGGAUGUUUUCGCCUACCAAUAAAAAUCUUGGUUCCAAUGUUAAUGUCAAGAGAAGUAAUGGUCAGAAUCAGAAUCAGAAUCAGAAUCAGCAGAAACAAGAUGAUCUUCAUAUGUUUGUUUGGAGUUCUAGUGCUUCACCGGUUUCUGAUGUCUUUGGUGGACAUGAAUUUGGUUCUCAUGAUCAGAAAGAAGUUAAAUUGAACGUGUCUCCAGGAAAAGUGGAGGGUCAUAGAGAAACUCAAGAGGACUAUUUGGAGAAAGAUGAAUUCAGCUUUGGAAAUAGAGGAAUGGAAAGGGAAAUGAAUAAUCAACAACAUGAUGAAGGUGAAAAAAUUGGAGAUGGAAAAUCAAAAGUUAUGCCACCAGCUAGUGUUAUGACAAGGCUUAUAUUGAUUAUGGUUUGGAGAAAACUUAUCAGAAAUCCAAACACUUACUCAAGCUUAAUCGGUCUCGUUUGGUCUCUAGUUUCAUUCAGAUGGAAUAUUGAAAUGCCUGCUAUAAUAGCAAAAUCUAUAUCUAUAUUGUCUGAUGCAGGACUUGGCAUGGCAAUGUUUAGUCUCGGUUUAUUCAUGGCAUUGCAACCAAAAAUCAUAGCAUGUGGAAAUUCCAUAGCAGCUUUUGCUAUGGCUGUGAGAUUCCUUACAGGUCCAGCUGUGAUGGCAGCUGCUUCAUUUGCUGUUGGACUCAAAGGUGUUCUUUUUCAUGUUGCAAUUGUUCAGGCAGCUCUUCCCCAAGGAAUUGUUCCAUUUGUCUUUGCUAAAGAAUAUAAUGUACAUCCUGAUAUUCUAAGCACAGGUGUCAUUUUUGGAAUGUUGAUUGCAUUGCCCAUUACUCUAGUGUACUACAUUUUAAUGGGACUAUGA